UUAUGGAGAUGUCAAUGAAAAACUUGAAAGCAGCGAAUAUUCUAGAGGAUUUAGAAUCAAAGCUUGCAUAUAUCCCAGGCGGUCGUGAUCACGACGGACGACCUUUAAUAGUAAUAAAUGUUCCACCAGAAUUUGAUUCAGCAACGAAGUCAAAAUUAGAGUUUCUCAUUUUAUAUUUUAUAUCAAUUUUCAGCGACGAGACGAAGGAAAAUGGAUUGGUUCUAAUUGUAGACGCGCGUCAUAGUGCAUGGCGCGUAACUAGAUCUUGUAUUAGACUUUCUACGAAUCUUAUAGGAUCUAAAGUCAUUUCUGUGAUCGUGAUACGACCGGAUGGUUUUUGGGAUAAACGUGUCGACAGUUGUACCAAAUCGCACAAAGAAGGCGAACCACUGUACGUUACUCUAACGAGGCUGCAUGUGUACAUCGAUUUUUCUCAAUUACCGUACGAAUUAGCAGGUAACAAGGCGUAUAAUCACGUCGAAUGGAUUAAGAAGCGUAUGAAAAUAGAAAAUUAUUCAAAAGAUGCAUUAGAGCUUGUAUCGAAGAUGACAAAUUUACAUCAAAGAUUGAAUACUUUUGAUGGUAUUCGUAUAAUGCAAUCGGAUGACGUAGAGUCUUACUGGGUAAAGGGCAUAGAAUUGUUAUCAACGGCACGUCAUAUACUUCAAUCAGGUAGGAAUCUAGUAAGUUCCAUGAGUAGAGAGUCCUCUAAGGAUAUUUUGGAUACAAUUAAAGGAAUUCAUAAGCUACUCGAUUCUAUCGAAUUAAAACAGAUGGACAUUGAAAAUUCGUGGACAGAAAUGGAACGAAAUCUGGAUACUGCCAGAGUAAUCGAAAAUCUGGAACAGGGUGUAUCAAGCGUUACUGACUGGAUCUUGGGUCCAGCAGACGUAAUGCUGAACUCCUGUUGUCAGGUUGGCUUUGACGUUUCUUCAUCCGAGGAGCUCCGAAGGCAACACGAAAAAAUUGAGCUUCAAUGCCGGGAGACUUACGGGCGAUAUGCAGAACUGCUUCAUAAAAUUGAUAGUCUACCUAAAAGUAAACUACCAGAAGAUUUAAAAUCUCAAAGAGAUUUCAUGGACUUUGUUUGUCGUAGCUUCGCUUCACGACUCGAAAGACGUAGAAAUGUAUUAAUCACUUCGCAAAGAUUCUUUAGACUUGUUUCUGAGUACUUCGAUAAGACGAGUGAAGUAUUUGAACAAUUAGUCAUGGGCAAUAGGAAUUACAACUUCUCUCAAGCAAGCAUUAAACUCUUAACUUUGGAAAAAAGUCAAACGAUUUUAGAUAGUUUAGAACGCGAGCUUGUAAAAGAAGGUGAAAAAUUGUCGGACAUUCUCUCUAUGCCUGUAAAGGAUGCACUUGGUCGAGAAGUUCAUGUCAAUUACGAUGAAGAUAUCGUCAAUGUCAAAGAUAUACUAGAUGCGACAAAUGCCAGAAAGAAUAUAUUUAAUGAUAGUGUAGAAUUACAAAAGCUGUCACUGAAACAGAUAGCUUUGAUAUACAUGUACGAGAGCGAUGCCGAACAAGCUGUUAAGUGGUUAAAUGAUUUAUUCAAUGUUUUACUUCGAAAUCACAUGGAAGUUGGUUGUAAUGUCAAGGAAAUACAAUUGCAAAAAGAGGAACACCAAUCUUUUCAGGAAACAGCAAAAGGAACUUACGAAUAUGGUGGUCAAUUGGUGAAUGGAGCACGUGUGCUGAGAUUAUCUUGCAGAAUAUCUUUAGAGGGUAAUGCUAAUCUAUCUUCAAAAUUACGACAUGCUUGGCGACAGUUCCGAUCUGUUAGUCAGGAACAAUUAACCAGGCUACGAGUAUGCGCUGUUUUUCAUAGAAACGUCGAAGAUCAUUGUACCGGAUUACAAAAUUUGGCGGAAACAGUGACGGCCCUGUAUCAUUCUGCAAAAGAUGAAGAUGCAGCGGCAAAAGCACGCAUCAAAGAAAGUAUAAGAGAUAUCCUUGAUAAUCGAGAGAAACUUUUAUUGGAAGUUGGUCGGAUGGUAAGAUUGGGUCGUCUCCUUAAGACGAGAUUGAAGGAACCUCUUCAUAAUCAAUCGAUGUCUAAAGUUGAGGAUGCUUCGAUCUUUGGUGAUAAUUUGACAGCAGUCGAAGCUAUCUCGGCGAAAUUAGCAGAAGUUACGCGUCUCGCAGAAAAACUGGAUGCGAGACUAUGUGAAGCUGGAGCUAAAACUCGACCGAUGUCUAUUCCUGCCGUUGUGACGUCCUCUGCUUCGUCCUUGCUCUCGAUAUCUGCUAUGUCGCCAUCAAACGAGUCCAUGCAUACGGCUUCUAACACGACUACGUUGACGUCGAAUAUGACAACUUCAGCCGUGUCUAUAAUUGCUGAAAUGCAACCAAUAACUUCGGAAACUGUAACUACAAAAAUUAAAUCUGAUGAACUUACCGAAAAUUCUCGUAGCGAAAGUGCAAUAGGAGAAUACAAUGUGGAGGGUUAUACAACAGCAACUGAAUGUUCAACAACUCCACCUCCACGUUCGAGAAGUGAAUCUUUCGUAACAUCGCCGGAAUGCGAAGAUCUUUCUAUCAUUGCACCUGUGAUGACACAUUCUGGUUCCACUUGGUGGACCAUGGAAAAGCCUAAACUAAUAACUACAAUUGCACCUCUUACUUCUUCUUCGAUUAAUGAAAAUCAGAAAUUUCCUGAAACAACAUCAAAUAUUUCAACUAUCAGCGAAGUAAACCCAACAGUACGAAUGAAAACAAUGGAUAAAAUUACUAAUGAAAAGUCAAACAAAAUUAUAAAAGAAGUUACCGAAACAACCGUUUUGCGUGUUUUGCACGACAUUCGAUUAGGCGUAGCCUCUUAUAAAGUGAUAUCAAAUACUGUGCAAGAUCAUCGGCAAUAUAUCGACGUGAAAGAUAUUCAAAAUGUAGAAGGUGUGCUAGAAGCAGAAUCGCGCGAAAAAUCGGAUGACAUUCACCAUCAUCUCGAUUUAUCUUCGUUCAAAGAACCUAAAAAUUAUACUGGCAAAAGUUCGAAAAAAAUGCAAUCGAAUCAAAAUAUUGCAACGAAAAUUCGAGAACAUGUGUUGAAUGAAAAUACAUGCUCUAACUUAAGAGAAUAUGAGGAUAUACCGUUGCCUUCGCAAAAUCUUUUACGACAUCAUGAGGAUAGCGAAAUUAAAAUAUCAUCGAUGAAAAAAAAUGAUAAUUUAGAAGAUGAAGAUUUUCUUGAAAAGACAAGAAAGACACAAUCAUCUUCAGUUUUACAUUCACGAAAUUUUCGUACUAGCAUCUUUGGCAAAGUGCCAAAAAUAAAAUCGACGUACGUCAUUGUAAUAUAUUUAGCACCAGGCAUUGAAAUCACUGUGUAUGUUCGGCCCAAACGUAUCGGUAUAACGUCGCGUAACACUAUUUUAAUUUUCAGCAGCUAUAUUGUCAACUAUUGCUUAAUUUGUAGCAUAUAUAAAUAUCGAAUAAAAUUAACAAUGAUGGUGGAUGGUCCUGAUUCGAUGGCACACGUGCAUCCUGAAAGAUCUGUUGAGACAAAUUCCGAAAUUGUCAUGCAAAGAGAUGAGGAUACGCCACAACAAAUCAUCUCUCCAACUACUACUAUAAGUACCAUUGCUGUGCAAAGUGGAGAAACGCGUGUAGUAAUCGCUUUACUUCAAAGCGGCGAAUGGCUGAAGCUGAAAAUACUCGAGCUACAACCAGAAUUAACGAAACUUGGUGCUUCCGUAAAAGAAGCCAUGGAACUUUCGAACGCACACGAUCAAGUGUUACUCCGAUUACAGAAUAAACAAAGCCCGGUAGAAGAAUUAUUGCGACAAGCUGAUCAAUUAAUCACGACCCAGAGACCAAGAGCAGAAGUAUACACUGCCAUGGCGGAGACAUUAGGUCAGGCAUGGCGCGAUAUAAAUCAACUUUUAGAACGUCGUAAGAAAAUACUUGACCGAAACGUACUAUUUCAAUGUCGCGCGGCAGAAUGUAGAGAACGUAUGGAGGCGUUGGAAAUGGCAUGUAACAACACGUUAUUACCGAUCGAAAUAGAAGCAGUAAAAAGUUUUUUAUCGAAGAUUCAGGAUCUUCGCAAAGAUAUGUUGGAAGGAUUGAUGGGUGCAUUGAGGGAGGGUAAAACAUUGCUGGAUGAACUUAAGGAAUUGGUAAACGAAGGCACUUUAGAUUCUAGGUCGGAUACGAUUAAAGAUGAAGCUAAUCAUGCCGUAUUACGAGUUGAAAAAUGGCUGGAAGAACUACAUGAUAGAAGGCGGUUGAUCGAGACAACUUUUCGUAGCAGAAAAACUCAAUUGGAGCAAUGUCUUGCUCUCGCGUUACUCGCGACCGAUCUUCGUAAUCUCGAAGAAAUUCUCAAUGACAGAAUGGCUGCAUUAGAGGGCAGUUGCAAUCAAUUGGGAGAUUCUGUAUCUAAUGUAGAACUGCUUCUUUUUGAAUUAAAAAAGUUGCAAGUCGAAGCAAAGGAGUUUCAAGAUAAAGCUAUUAAAAUAACUAAAUCGACCGAACGAUUAGUGUCAUCGGGACACUUUGCAGGCGAACAAGCGACCGAGCAGGCGUUUGCGAUUCUUAGCACUGCUACCGAUUAUAUUAAUGAUUUAGACCAAUAUAACAUGUUGUUGGAUAGAACAAUGGCUUUUUUUGAUUUGGCACAAUCAGCUAUCACAAAACUGGACCAGUUAGAAAUUCAAUUAAUAACAACGGAAUAUCCUCCACGACUCACACGUCUUCAUGCACAAAUAGUGGCUAUGAUAGAAGACAUAAUUUCAAAGCCAUUGUCAGAAGGAUAUGCAUUAUUAGACAUCACAGGAAGAGAAGCAUCUGGUGCCGAGGGUAUAAGAAAUGCUGUAGAAAAAUUGGAAAAUCGCAAAUUUUCUUUGAUGGAACGAUGUACAGCUCAUAAGGAAGAAAAUUUAGAGAUUUCGAGAAUACUAACUACAUUUUUAGAUAAGCAUAAUACCUUACAAGUUUGGCUAACUGAUAUUGUUAAAGCCUUUCUUCAAAAGCAUCAAAAUAUGGGCAGCGAUUUGGCAAUGGCGUGUGAUUUUCAUCAAACUCAUUGCCAAUUACUAGCCGAAUUGGAAAAUAAAAGUGAAGAGGUAGAUCAUUUAGAGUUGGAAAUUCUUCCAAUUAUAGAACGCCUGGACGAGAUGCAGAAAUACGAAUUACAAUUAAAAAUAAAAAAUCUUGAAGACGAAUGGACAAAAACAAAGAUUACAAUAGUAAAAAGAAUUAAAUUGAGUACCCUUUAUAUACAGUUCUAUGAAAUUGUGAACGAACUGACUUAUGAAAUGGAUUUUAUCGAUAACGAAUUGAAAAAGCAUGAAGAUGUGUUAGAUGAGGCUAGGUUUAAUGAAAUAGAAGAAAGAUGGAAAUCUUUUGAGUCUCUUUACAAAAAACUUGAUAAUCAUGCAAAGAUAUUUCUCAAUGAAAUAAACAACAUUGAUGAUUUGUAUCUCAACGUAUCGCAAGCUUGUGUGUGUGUUCAAACUCUUUUAGAAAAGUUUGCCAAUCGGCAACUGAUUACAACAGAAUGGAGGAAAAAAUGGCAGAUUACUGUCCAAGUAAUAAGACAAAGGCGAAUGGAAUGUGAGCAAAAAGUAGAAGAAAGUAAAGAGACAUUAGCGUGGAUAACAAAAUUUGAGAUGACGUUGUAUCCAGUAAUAACAACACGAUCUUCUAGAAUAACUGAUAUUUUGGAUAAUUUACAAGAUGUAAGAAUUCGGAUUUCAUCUAAAUUAAACAAAGCUUUUCAUGAAUUGAAUACCAAAAUCAAAAGCAUUCAAAUAUUUGUCGAAACAGGUGAAGCUAAAGCAACCGAGCAAAUUUUAGAAAAACUCGUGCAAAUGCGUGAAAAAGUGAACACUAUCAUCAAAGAUUACGAUAUAUUAUUAGAAUCUUUAAUUUUUAUCUUUAAAAAUCUUGAGGAGAUUGAGCGUAAAAUUGAGGAAGCAAAACAAGAAGUUGAACACGCCUCAAGUUUUACGAAGUUGAUUGAUGUGGAUGGUUCUUUAAAUAAACUUAAUAUAUUAAAAACGUUUAUUACGGAAUCUUUACUACAAAUUCGUACAAAAUCUGAAGAAAUAAUAGACAACAUUAGACUACAGGAACCGCUAGAAUCAGCAACACAAGACAUUGAGAAACUGAACCGCACGAUAGAUUCUGUGCGUGUUAAAUUUGAGUUAUUCCAAACCGAAACGUCAAACCGUCUCGAAGAAUAUCGGCAUCUGUGUAUUUUUAAAGAAGAUAUCGAAAAAAUUAAUUACGAUCUACGUGAAUUAAACGAACAGCUAAAAAAUAUGGAUGGAAGAAUUGGUGACAAUUUAUCAGUUUUGAAAGUGACGUUAACUGCUUUUGAACAGUUUGAGCAAACAAUAAUGAUUUUAGACAAAAGAAUUGAAACUUUUGUAAAAAAAACAGAAGAGACAAUUGUUCCAUUAACUCCACAAGUGACGGAUGAAAUUUUAUCUCUGCGCAACAGAUGGGAUCAUCUGAGGAAACAUGUUAGAGAUACCAAAAAGAGAAUGCAUUUAAGUAAUGAUUAUUUCAUACUCUUAGAAGAAGCCAAACAAUGGUUUAGGGAAGGUAACAAACUUUUGGUGAUUAUUGCGCGUAAAGCAACAGCCGUAAAAGUGCCUGAAGAAGCUAUUGAUUUACUGCAAGAGAUUGAUGCUUACAUAAAGCCAGGUGAAGAUCAACAGGAAAAGAGAAUUGAGAAGUUGAAACAAUUAUCGACAAUAGUUUUCGGUACAGACAGACUUCCGCAAUUUAACGAAGUGAUAGUAGAGAAUCGGCAAAUGCUAGAUUCAUUCGCAGUUAUUUCUUCCGAGUUGCGUACUCUGAGUCAAAAUUUACAGAAUGCUGAAGAUCUCCGAGAGAAGCUGCAAAUCGAGAAGUUAGAAGCUGAUAAAAAAUUACAAGCUGUAAAAAUAGAAAUGGCCGCGAUGGAAGCUGCAAAGAUAGAAGCGGAAAACGCAAAAAAACUUGCGGAACAACUUGCGGCUGAGACUUUAGACAAAGCUGCGAUAGAGGCAAAAAAAUUAAAAGAGGAACAUGCACGAAAAAUUGUUCCUUCCAUCUCUCAUUCCGUCUCCGCUCAAACUGACGAGACCAUAGUUGAAGAAACAAUUCAUAAAACUUCUGCUGUAACAACGAAAGAAAUUCAUAUUCUUCAAAAGAUGGAAAUCGAGAAAGAUGUUCCAAUUAUUCAAAAAGAAGCUAGCCCAUCUAGAAAGCUUUUAUCUGAAGAGAUAUGUGACAAAUUACAAGAAUAUGCUAAAGAAACACAAAUAAACAAAAUUGUUUCAUUAGCUCCAGAAUUCACAGUUCCUUUGAAUGAUGCAACAGUUCAAGAAGGCAAAGAAUUCAGUUUUGAAUGUCAUCUAAUUGGUCAGCCGAUACCAGAAAUAGUAUGGUACAAGGAUGGAAUAUCGAUUUUAAAUAAUCCAGACUAUUUAACAACUUAUACAAACGGCGUUUGUACUUUAAAAAUAGAAGAAACGUUUACUGAGGAUUCUGCCAAAUACACUUGUCGUGCGUUUAAUAUUCAUGGCUCUGUCGAAACAUCGGCUACUCUCACUGUUAAAGAAAUUAUCACGGAAGAACAACCAAAUGUUCCUGUUUUCGUGAAAGAAUUGCAGCCUUCUUUUGCGAUGGAAGGGUGCUCUCAUAAAUUAGAAUGCACUGUUAAAGGAAAUCCUCUACCGACAGUACAAUGGUACAAAAAUGAUAUCAACAUCGAUAAUUCUCCGGACUAUAUUAUCACUUUUAAUAAUGGAGAAGCUAUUCUAAAGUUUGAUGAAAUUUUCUUGGAAGACAAAGCUUCGUAUACUUGUAAAGCAGCAAAUCAAUGGGGACAAUCAUCUACUACUGCCUAUUUGGACGUGAAACCCGCGCAAAUUUCUAUGAAGAAACCAUAUUUUGUGGUACCGUUAUCAAAUGCUAUGGUCAGGGCAGGUCAAAAAGUGAAACUAGAAUGCGAAGCUAAUGGAGAUCCAAUUCCUAAAUUAAUCUGGACUCACGAUGAAAAAUUAAUUGAAGAAAACAAAUAUCAUAAAAUUCAAACAGACGGUACUCGAACAAGCUUGAUCAUCACGGAAGCUUUUCCGAAGGAUGCCGGAUCAUACACGGUGAUUGCCAAUAAUGAAAUCGGGAAAGAUACAACAUCUUGUAUUGUUUCUGUGAAAGGACGUUGGCUUCAUGAAACCAGCGAAUCCGAGCUUGUUUGCAGAGAUAUAGAACUAAUAGUUCCAAAAUUUCAGUUACCUUUGCAAAAUCUUGAAAUUCAAGAAGGACAAUCAGCUAGGCUAGACUGCGUGAUUGUAGGCCAACCUGAACCGGAGGUAAUUUGGUACCAUGAUGAACGGCCCGUAAAAGAAUCGUCAGACUUCCAAUUACUCUUUCAAGGUGAUCGGUGUUCGUUAGUUAUUCAUGAAGCUUUUUUGGAUGACGCUGGUAUAUAUAAAGUAGUUGCUAUUAAUUCCGCUGGCGAAGCUUCUAGUCAGUGUACAUUAACAAUUAUGCCGACAUCUCAUGUCUCAAAGGAACAGGAAGAAACUCUUGCCAGCGGUUUUGCUCCAAAAUUCAUUAAACUUCCGACGGAUUUGUUGGUGGCUGAAAGUGAAAAUGCAAUUUUCGAAUGUGUCGUAAUUGGAGAACCUAAACCUGAUUUAAGAUGGUAUUCGGAUAAUGGAGAAAUGAUUCAUAACGAAAGGAUUUUGAUAGGAGAAAGGAAGGAUGGAACAGCCUUUUUAGAAAUUUCAUCAACGGUACCGAAAGAUAAGGGCAAUUAUGUAGCAAAAGCUAUAAAUACACACGGUGAGGCCAAAGCUUUUGCCAGAUUAGUUGUGAAAUCGCUUGGUGAUUUUAAAAGAAACGAAGAAUUUAUCCAAAUGGAAGAAAAAUUGAUUCAGCCAACAUUCAAAGAAACAUUUCAGGACAGGAAAAUACUCGAAGGAGUUUCAACCAAAUUCGAGUGCAUCGUCAUUGGUAAACCUUCUCCUAAGAUUCAGUGGUUGUUUAACGAGCGGCCGGUUCAUGGGAAAGAUUUUCUAGUUUCCGUUAGUGGAGAUCGACAAGUUUUAACAAUUCCUGUAGUCAGAAAUGCACACGUCGGUACUAUCUCUUGCGUAGCAGAGAACGCGGCUGGUAGAGCGAUUUGUAGUGCUAAAGUCGAAAUUGAUUAUCUUCCAGAUAGUGGAUCGGUGAAACCGGAUGCAAGUGAAGUAAAAAAAGUGUUCGAGUUAGUUUCGUAUUCUCCCACGGGCAUAAUGCAUCCUGCAAGCAGUAGCGAUAAACACUUUUUAAGUGAGAAAACAUAUCACGAAGGUGGUGGUGAGAGCCAGGUACUGACCAAAAUGUCGUCGACUGUUACACAUUCUUCAACAACGUCCAUGAAAAAGGAAUUCUUAUCGUCAACUAUGACUUCCACUUUAUCACAAUCUGGACACGAACCUACCAGCGUUUGUACGAAAACAACUAUGCAAAGUUCUCAACAGUCCACCUCAGAAAAUGGAGCACCACCUGUCGUUCAGUCUCACAAAAUCGAGGAGUAUGAAAAAAUCAUACAAAAACAACCUGGCGAGAUAGAACAAAAAAAGACCGUUCUCGUGUGCGAAGAAACGGAAGGUGCAAAACAUGAUGUUAAAACAAAUCAAAUUCAAAGACCGUCUAGGAAAUUGAUAGCACCAAGAUUCAUUUCACCGAUUACAGGAAUAAUUGUCGACCAAGGAACUGAUGUAGUUCUUGAAGGUACCAUUGAUGGUUUUCCACAGCCAACGAUUCUGUGGUCAAAGAACGGUCAAGAGUUGACAUUAAAAGAUAAUAUAAAAAUUAGUUAUGCUCACAAUCAUGUAAAAUUGGAACUGAAAAAUGUCAAUGCAAAAGAUGCUGGACGAUAUACCUGUACAGUGAGCAAUGACGUUGGAACUGCUAAUAGCACAGCUGACUUGGUUGUUAAAAAAACAAUAUUUCCCCCGGUUUUCGGCAAGCGCCUCAAAGCUCAAGUAAUAAAAAAAGGAGAUCGUGUUAUUAUGGAAGUAGAAAUUACUGGUAUUCCUGAGCCAAUAGUUAAUUGGUAUAAAAACGAUAUUCUAAUUAAUGAACAACCACAAAAAUUAAAAAUUACUCAACAAGGAAAUUGUUACACGUUGAUUAUAGACAAGGCUAAAGAAGAAGAUGCCGGCAAAUACAUGGUAAGAGCAACGAAUGCCGGUGGCGAGGCACAGAGUAUCGCUGAUAUCGCGGUCUUCGAACCAAAGCCUGAUACUAUGGUCGAAGUACAUAAAACUGUCAUUUAUGAAAAUAUCCAGGAUAAAAAUGUCAUCCAGUCCGAAGCGAAAAAGGAAGAGAUAUCAUCAGGUACUUUAAUAAGCGAACAGAUACCAACAACAGCGUUAGUUAAAUUGCCCAAGCCUGUUACGAUAUCGAGUACAAUUGAUACUAUGCAAAAGAUCGAACCAGAAGCAAAGACUAGUAAAUCGGAAACGAUUUCAUCUACAAUCGAAUCCCAUGAAACCGAAACGAAGUCAGAACAGAAGUUCCAUAUGAAACUUGAACAUAAAACUCCAUCUAUUGUGGAGUCUAAACCUCGAAUCGAGCAAACGAUCGCAACAAAGAAAAUCGACCGUGACAAGGAAAAUGUUACGAAGCCAUUAAUAAAAACAGAGGAAAAAUCAACGAUUAACAACGAAAACAUAGAAACUUCUACGAUUGUAAAAAAAGAUGCGUUGAGUUUCUUCGAGUCCAUUACGAAGGAAAGUGAGAUAAUGCCAAAAGGGCCAAAGGAAAUGAUUAAGUUAACAGAAGAAGGGCUUCAAGGAGCGAAAGUUGGAAAAUUAACAAAGAAUUAUGAGCAAGCAACUAUUUAUCAGGAAACAAAGAAACCAGAGGUAAGAUCGUCAGACUUGCAAACAAUGAAGAAGACCGCUCAGGAUAUUUUUACCAAAUUAGAACAAGGAUCAUCAUCUCGUGGAGUGGAAAAUAAGCUAUUUGAAUUUCCAUAUGAGAGUUCUAAGUUGCCCUCAAUGGAAGUAAAAAAAACUGUAGAGGAAAAGACAUUUGUCGAUUCGUCCAUUUCGCAACUACAAAAUCAGACGGAGAAUUUUAAAAUGAUGAUGAAAAGUUUUGAUCUUGUGCCGGAACCACCUCCCGAGAUAUGCUACAUGCCAAAACCAGAAGAGAAAAAGAAACGACCUGAUGUAUUUGUUAAGGCAAAACAGCUUCAAGAAUCUUUUGAUAAAACAUUAUCUCCAAUAGAUGCUCCAAUCGGAGGCGUAAAGAUCUUUCCUACGUCUACUUCAAAAGUAACAGAACCUGUCAAAGCUGCGGAACCUGUUCUCGCAGUUAUAAUACCACCGCCCUUUGAGAAGAAAGAAACAUUUGAAGAAACAUGCAUACGAAAGAAAGAUGCAUAUGAGAAGAAGGAAAGCAAAUACUUUAAAGAAGAAAAGAUGGAACCAUGGAGAUACGCUUCAACGUCUGUAUUGAGAAGUAGUUCUCCUAUUAGACCGUGGUCAUCAUCAUCGGAUGUGGAAACUAAAUCGCACGUGUCUACAGAUCUAUCAGAAUAUAGAUGUCAUUCAGCUGCUUCUAGUCAGCAAGAAAUUUUGAGAUCUACAUCGCCGAAACCAUCUGCAGAUGCAUUGGCAAUGGAAAAAUCCUGGGCGAAAAAAUAUAUAGAAUCAAAUAGAAAAUCAUGGCCACCACAAACUAAACCUAUUCAAAAAUAUGAAUGGAAUGUUCCUAUUGAAGAAUACAAAAGCUCUUCGAAAGACUUUCAGCAGAAAAUUGAGGAAACACCGGAAGGCAUAAUAAAGAAAAUUAGUACGGAAUCGUCUGCCAAUGUACAGAAACAGUCAUGGUGUACCAAAGAAGAGUUCACUGAAAAAAUAAUAGAAGCAUCUCCGCCUACGAAAUUAGGUCCGAUAAUCUAUAAUGCCGAGACAAUUAAAGUCGAUCAUACUGUAAAUACUAUGCAAGAGAAAGCUUUGUUUGAAAAAUACAUUACUGAAUGUGACAUGAAAAAAUCUGAAACGACACAAAAAUCUGAAGAUUUCAGCUCGAAACGUUGGACAGAAGACAAAGAGUUGAAAGCACCUAGUUUGGUAAAGAGAGUCGAACCAGCUACCAAAUCACUUCCGACACCACAUCUUAUGAAGACAGAAAUAGACUCUGUCACUAUCAAGCCAGGAUCUCCUCCGGAAAUUGGAUAUAUAUCACCAUCUUUUAUAAAAGAAAAAACUAGAUUGGAGCAUACCACGACAGUAGAAGAAAGAGUAGAGGAACCACCUAUACUUCCACCAAAAGAUGUACACAUUACACCACCGUCUGUUCCAGCCAAAAAACCUGUCAAACUCUCGACACCACUUCCGUCAAAAUUUGUUAAAGGUUCCUUUAGUCAUGAAAGUGAUUACGAGUCCGAUUUUGAUAGUCGUCCAAAAGCAAAAUGGAGACCUUACGAGAGCGACAACGAAGAACCACAUUAUCGAAGAGUUAAAGCACCUGUUCCGAAACAGUCGACGAGGCCAAGAUCUACCGAACCCGAGCCACUUCCACCUUCCAAAUUUGAGACUCCUGCACAAUUUACAGGAUCAUCACUCGUUACCACAGAAUCUUCCGAAAAGGCAGCAAAAAAAAUAAUAUUUAAACGACAUGAAAGAGAAGUCAAACAACAACAACAGCAAAACUUAAUUCCUCUGAAACCUGGUUCUCCACCAAUUUACGUACAGCCAAGUACAAAGAGUUUGAUGCCAAAAUCUCCUGUCAAAAAACCGGAAUCACCAAAGUUUAAAACAAAAGUUUUUCAGCAAGAAAGUGGUUAUAUGGCAGAUACUGAUGAGCCAUUUCAACAGAAGGCUUCAUCUGUGACUACGCAAAAAUUUCUUGGAAAACACGAUGGACUUUCAACAAUAGUUCACACUGAGAGCCGUACUACUGAGAGUAGAACGAAAUCCUUUGAAAGUAGUUACAAAACUGAUCAUUUGCAAAAAGAAGAAUCUUCCUUUGUCUUGCCAUCUAUUUGUAGUGCACAAGCGACACCCAAAGCUGUUCAACAACAACGUAGCUCGUUGGAAAAGAGCUACGAAUCAGCAACUGACAGCAGUAGUCUGCGCAGAUUCGAAUCCAUGAAGGAAACGGGAUAUUCCCUAAACCAAUUACAUAGAAAAUUGGUACCAGCAGAAAAAAUUCUGUCGAUUUCUCCGAGUCCUUCGAAAUUAGUGAAGGGUGACUUCCGCGAGAGCGACUACGAGAGUGAUGAUGGUAGAAUAUUGUCGUGCCAUACAGUUAGCUCCACGAAAUUUAAUGUUGCCGAUUCAGGAAAACCAAUGGAACCAAGUUCGUCUCACAAACAACAUACAGUAAUCGUACCAACAAAACCGAAAACGGUUCUCUUACCCGGCUCUCCACCAGAAAUCGCGUAUGCACCACCUCAGCCGCAACGACAAUUUUACGAGGCACAUACAAGCAUGCCAUUUACCAAUGCGAUGGGCACAGAGACAAAGAAAACCGUAAGGAUGGAUGAAUCAACGGAGAAUUCUAGAAGGGUUGUUACUGUUGAGCAAACAAGUCGCGUCAUCAAGUUUGGCGACACAAAUACCACAACUGUCCAAAAACAGCAAAAAGCUAAUUAUUAUGUGCCUAAACCGAAAAAAUUUGUACAAGGACAAUUUCGAGAAUCUGAUUACGAGAGCGAUGUAGAUUCAAGCAGAAUUCGACCUAAAUGGGCUCCAGCAGAUAGUGACACGGAGGAUCCAUAUUAUCGAAAAGUUCAACCACCCACAGGAAGAAGUGCAAGAUCUUCGAGUGCACCGAUAUACAAUGUAUCACCGAUGGAAUUUGACACUAGUUUUUCGUCACUGACGCAGAUUCGCAGAGGAGAUAUAGAUAAAAAGAUUAAUUUCCAAAAAUAUCAGCAACAUACAACUUCCGAAAAGGUCGAUAAUAUUUUACAGCCUGGUACACCACCUGAAUAUGGAUUCAUCUCGAAAAGCGACGUAAAAAAAGCAGCAAGCCACAUUGCGUCACGUCACAUGAAUGAUAUGACGAGCAGCUUCAAAUCAAAAACCGAAAAAUUUGUAAGUGAUAUCCAAUCAGAUUUGAAACAGGGUAAAUCGAUUUUGAAGCAUACUAAUGACUCCAAAAUAACUGAUAGUGAUGAGCCAAGAACUUAUAGAGAAGAAUCGCGAGUCUCUGAACAUGGAACAAAACAAAUUGAUCCGGAUACUGGACUCGUAUAUUUCAAGUACGAUUUUGGCUACGAAUUUGGUAUCAUUUUACCUGGCGAAGGUAAAAAGACGGUUGAAAGCAGCAAGAAGAUAAUUCAAGGACAGAAACGUUCCAGUGACAUAGAAGUGCCUAUAAUCCAUGAGUUUACUGAAAAGAAAACAAAUGGUUUUAUGAAAAAAGGCACAUUUUUGAACCGCCAGAACAAGAUAGGAAAUAAAUUCGAAAACUCAAAGACUGUUAAAUGGGAGCCAACAUCGGAAAGCGACUUUUCUGAAGCUGAAGAUAUGAAAAAUCUCAAUAAGAAACAAUCGAAGGGAGCUAGUAUAAAAAGUUCGAUGGCGCUUCCAAGUCUCGUCAUACCUAGUUCUGUAUCAUCAUCAAGAUGGGAUCAUACAACACCCAGUCCGCUUUCUCUUAGUCCAAGUCUGCCAAGCCUCUCUCCAAGACAGAGUAGCGCUACUGGACCACCUAGUAAUGUGGAUUCUGCAGGUUCACCUUGGCCGCUUAGCAACGGCGUGUCAUCGAUUACAGAAGUAAUUCAACCUUAUAUCGAAGUUUUACCGAAGAAGGCUCCUACAUUCAUUACGCCACUGAAAGAUAUUGCGGUAAUAAGCGGACAACCAGCUAGAUUCGAAUGUAUUGUUCAAGCAGAACCACAACCCAAUAUUCUAUGGUCAAAAGACAAUAGAAUCGUAGAAAAUUCUAAGAGUCACGAAGUUCAAUACAGAAACGGCAUUUGUCGUCUUACCAUAAUGAGAGCUUUACCCGAGGAUGCCGGGACUUAUGCAUGUACGGCAACGAAUAGUUUAGGUUCCAUCAUAACUUCUGCCAACUUGGAAGUUCCAGGUAAUAGACGUUCUAUAUAUGCCCCUAUUUCGUAAAAAUCUGAUGAAGAAAGGAAUCAACAAUCGAAUGGAAUAAAUACAAAGGUGGUGGAAUAUUUAAUUUUCAAUUUCGAUGAUACCGAUUUUCAUAUUGUAUCGUAUUAUUACUUAACCAGGUCACAAACUAAUAUGGUGAAGGAAAUAAUGACAUAUAAUGCUCGACAUUGUAUUCCCUAUGCGAGAAAAAAUCCAAAUUUUUUAAUGCAGA